AGUGGCGCUUGUUGGCCGCACCACGCCCCCCAGCCUCACUGCCCCUCCCUGGCUGGAUGGUGAGGCCGACGUCACGGAGCCACACAGUCGAGAAGGAGUGGACCGUAGACGGCCUCUGUCAUAAAAAACACACGAUUACCGUGGAGAGGAAAGGGGGGAAAAAAGGGCCACCAAACCCAUCACGCCGUCGUCGGAGUCAUGGGGGCUGCAAGGCUUUGCGACGAGCUUUCGCCGACGCUCAGUGUCAUUUUAGGGCGUAUGUGAGGAAGCGUACCGUGUGGUCCAAUCCCUUUUUUUUUUUGCCUCGCGGGGUGGAAGUGAAAGUCCGCCAUAUUUUUGCCUUACCACGCCCGGGGAGUGGAGCCACCGGGAAGAAGAAGAAGGGGGGAAAAUAGAGGUUGUCGCCCGGUGCCCGUUGUAUCAGCCGAAGACGGGGAUUUUUUUUUUUCCCACGGAAGGAGUGGCGAGGGUGAGAAAGGAGGUAUCGAUGGCGACCCUUAACGAGAUCCCACUCAGGAUGUGUCUCAAACUGAUCUGUUGACCACCCGGACACGGUAAAGCAGAUUACACCAAUUAAGUUAGCACUCAAGUGGACUGUAUUUCGAGGAGGUGGCGGUGGAUGUGAAAGUAGGAGGAGAACAAUUAGGGUGCUUCCAUUUUUCAAAUAUCCUUAUUCCCCUCUUCCUCGGCAAGUCCGUCAUUUGCAGGCCGCUGCAUGAGCGCUUUCCCCGGCCUGCUCGCUCCCAAGGCACCGGCAUCUCCGGGACGAGACCACUGAGAGUGGUUGACCGUAGCGAAUCAAAAAAACGAGAAAAGCGUUAAAGAAUGACCCUGGAAUCCAUCAUGGCGUGUUGCCUCAGCGAGGAGGCGAAGGAAGCCCGGAGGAUCAACGACGAGAUCGAGAGGCAGCUCCGCCGGGACAAGAGGGACGCGCGGCGGGAGCUCAAACUGUUGCUGCUCGGCACAGGGGAGAGUGGUAAGAGCACAUUCAUCAAGCAGAUGAGGAUCAUCCACGGUGCCGGCUACUCUGACGAGGACAAGCGAGGCUUCACCAAGCUGGUGUACCAAAAUAUCUUCACUGCCAUGCAGUCCAUGAUCCGGGCCAUGGAGACGCUCAAGAUCCCCUACAAAUACGAGCACAACAAGGCGAACGCCAACGUGGUGAGAGAGGUGGAUGUGGAGAAGGUCAGCAUGUUCGAGAAUCCUUACGUAGAUGCCAUCAAGAGCUUGUGGAACGACCCGGGAAUCCAGGAGUGCUACGACCGGAGGAGGGAGUACCAGCUGUCCGACUCCACCAAAUAUUACCUGAACGCUUUAGACAGGAUCGCCGAAUGCUCGUAUUUACCCACACAGCAGGACGUGCUGAGGGUCCGAGUGCCCACCACGGGCAUUAUCGAGUACCCCUUUGAUCUACAGAGCGUCAUAUUCAGGAUGGUGGACGUGGGUGGUCAGCGGUCCGAGAGGAGGAAGUGGAUCCACUGCUUCGAGAACGUCACGUCCAUCAUGUUCCUGGUGGCGCUCAGCGAGUACGACCAAGUUCUGGUGGAGUCGGACAACGAGAACCGCAUGGAGGAGAGCAAAGCGCUGUUCAGGACAAUCAUCACCUACCCAUGGUUCCAGAACUCCUCUGUCAUCCUGUUCCUGAACAAGAAGGACUUGCUGGAGGAGAAGAUCAUGUACUCUCACCUGGUUGAUUACUUCCCAGAGUACGACGGUCCUCAAAGGGACCCCCAGGCGGGCCGCGAGUUCAUCCUGAAGAUGUUCGUGGAUCUGAACCCCGACAGCGACAAGAUCAUCUACUCGCACUUCACGUGCGCCACCGAUACGGAGAACAUCCGCUUUGUGUUCGCCGCCGUCAAGGACACCAUCCUGCAGCUCAACCUGAAGGAGUACAAUCUGGUGUAACAUUUACGAGGACUGCAUCUGUCGGUCAAGAGAUGCAGCACACACACACAAAUCCAAAUCAAAUGUUUGCAUCUAAUACUAAUUUAUUUACCAUGUGUUGGUAGACAAGAGGCAAGAAAAUUAAUUGAAAAUGUGAUCUUGCUAUUUAAUUAAGGAUUUAUAGAAAAAAGGAAAUCAAAGGUUUGCAUUCCUUUUUUUAAGUCUCUCUUGACUGACUCGUAAUAAUAAUAAUAAAAAAGGCAAAAACUGUGAUUUUAGAAGUAUUUGCUUUGAUAUGGAUGUGAAUCCGGAUCAUGUUGGUACCCCUCCCUCCUCCCCAUCCAGCCCCUGUGCUAACCCGAAAUGCAUACCAAACUACA